AUCGCAGGGAAAUAUGACGUGCAAAAGGAGGAGGAGCUUCGGUUCUGGAUCGAGGAGGUGACUGGGAUGGCCAUAGGAGAGAACUUCCAGAAGGGCCUGAAGGACGGAGUCAUCCUGGGAGAGUAAGUGUGUGUGUGUGUGUGUGUUUCUCAGAAGAGCUGACACUGACAGAGUGUUGACAUUGCAGGCAGGUGUGUGUGUGUGUGUGUGUGUGUGUGUGUGUGUGUGGGCCCUCCACACUGUGCGGUGACGUGUGGCUAAUGUUUUCCGGGUGGAAACACUGACUUUGAUUUUACACAUGGGUAAUCAAUCGCACUCCAGUCACUGUCCACAGAUGGAUGUGACGAUUAGCAUAUUGUCUAUUUCACAUUCCUGUGGAAUACACAUUUGAUACACAAGUCCAUACUGCAGAUAUAAUCCUCCCCAAGAUUCACUUGUUAAAAGCUACUAGCAUGUUUGUUGUAAGAUGCCAUUUUUACAUUGAACAUGAGCGCUUUAAGGCAUAACUCUUUCUCUCCUUUCCCCUAGCCUGAUAAACAAACUGCAGCCUGGCUCGAUAAAGAAAAUAAACCACUCACAACUGAACUGGCACAAGGUAGGCUAAUGCUCUGAACUGGCACAAGGUAGGCUAAUGCUCUGAACUGGCACAAGGUAGGCUAAUGCUCUGAACUGGUACAAGGUAGGCUAAUGCUCUGAACUGGCACAAGGUAGGCUAAUGCUCUGAACUGGUACAAGGUAGGCUAAUGUUCUGAACUGGUACAAGGUAGGUUAAUGCUCUGAACUGGCACAAGGUAGGUUAAUGCUCUGAACUGGCACAAGGUAGGCUAAUGCUCUGAACUGGCACAAGGUAGGCUAAUGUUCUGAACUGGCACAAGGUAGGCUAAUGUUCUGAACUGGCACAAGGUAGGCUAAUGUUCUGAACUGGCACAAGGUAGGUUAAUGCUCUGAACUGGCACAAGGUAGGUUAAUGCUCUGAACUGGCACAAUGUAGGCUAAUGUUCUGAACUGGUACAAGGUAGGUUAAUGCUCUGAACUGGCACAAGGUAGGCUAAUGUUCUGAACUGGCACAGGGUAGGCUAAUGCUCUGAACUGGUACAAGGUAGGCUAAUGCUCUGAACUGGCACAAGGUAGGCUAAUGUUCUGAACUGGCACAAGGUAGGCUAAUGCUCUGAACUGGUACAAGGUAGGCUAAUGUUCUGAACUGGCACAAGGUAGGCUAAUGCUCUGAACUGGUACAAGGUAGGCUAAUGCCUUCCUCAAACAUAACCUCAGUGUAUGGUGUUGUUCACACCCUUCUGUAAUAAUAUGAACACUUUUUUCAAGAGAGCACAGAAGCCAUAGAGUGGCUAUUCAUUAAGCCUUCACCUCUCUCUCUCUCUCUCUCUCUCUCUCUCUCUCUCUCUCUCUCUCUCUCUCCUUCUUUAAGGAGUUAUUACUUUCUGAUGUUUGUACCUAAGUCCCUUCCCCAUCGCUGCUAUGCCCCUCCCCCAUGCAUGCUAUGCCUGUCUCAUCCCUGCUAUGCCCCUCCCCAUCCAUGCUAUGCCCCUCCCUCAUCCCUGAUAUGCCCCUCCCCAUCCCUUCUGUGUUCUGGGGCCUGUUCAGGAUGAUGUAACGUCACAGAACAUUCAGAUAGAAAUGGUGUAGAAGGGGAUAGGAUUGUCUUGUCAAAUAGAGUAGAAAAUAGUACCAGCUCUGUAACCUGUGUUGUUGUGUUCCCCCCAGCUGGAGAACCUUGGCAACUUCAUCAAAGCCAUCCUGGCCUAUGGCAUGAAGCCUAAUGACAUCUUUGAGGCCAACGACCUGUUUGAGAACGGCAACAUGACCCAAGUCCAGAGCACACUGCUCUCCCUGGCCAGCAUGGUGAGGGGGGUAGAAAGACUUUCCAAAUGUUUUUUUGUGAUACUUUGUAGUUUUUUAUGGUAAUUAGUGUAUACUGGGAGAAAGACUUUGCUGACAGCUACAGUGAAGUGUCACCAAUACUUUCUGAUAGGGUUCCUUCUCUCGAAGAGACCUGUAGCAUCAAUAUAUUUCCGCAUUCUUAUCUCAUUCCAUAGGCAAAGACCAAAGGCAUGCACACGUCGUGUGAUAUUGGUGUGAAAUACGCGGACAAACAGACACGCCAUUUUGACAAUGAGAAGAUCAAGGCUGGACAGUGUGUCAUCGGACUGCAGGUAAGACAUGGUGGGGAUGAUUGGUGAUGAUGUUGAUGACAAUAGGUUGUAAGGCUCUGUUACUGGGUGUGACUAUACAAUGUGUUGUUUUUGUUCAUUGUUCUACCGUUCAACAUUGUGCCAAUGAAAAUGAUCCCUUUAAUUGAAUGUUUAUAUGUAGCUGAUGUCACUGAUUCUUCAAAUGUAAUACAUGCACAAUCGCCUUGUAAUAGAUGUCAGAUACUUGUAAAAGAUGUCAGAUACUUGUAAAAGAUGUCAGAUACUUGUAAUAGAUGUCAGAUACGUGUAAUAGAUGUCAGAUACUUGUAAUAUAUGUCAGAUACUUGUAAAAUAUGUCAGAUACUUGUAAAAUAUGUCAGAUACUUGUAAAAGAUGUCAGAUACUUGUAAAAGAUGUCAGAUGCUUGUAAAAGAUGUCAGAUACUUGUAAAAGAUGUCAGAUACUUGUAAUAUAUGUCAGAUACUUGUAAUAGAUGUCAGAUACUUGUAAAAUAUGUCAGAUAUUGUAAAAUAUGUCAGAUACUUGUAAUAUAUGUCAGAUACUUGUAAUAGAUGUCAGAUGCUUGUAAAAUAUGUCAGAUACUUGUAAAAGAUGUCAGAUACUUGUAAUAGAUGUCAGAUACUUGUAAUAGAUGUCAGAUACUUGUAAUAGAUGUCAGAUACUUGUAAAAGAUGUCAGAUACUUGUAAAAUAUGUCAGAUACUUGUAAUAGAUGUCAGAUACUUGUAAUAGAUGUCAGAUACUUGUAAUAGAUGUCAGAUACUUGUAAUAGAUGUCAGAUACUUGUAAUAUAUGUCAGAUACUUGUAAAAGAUGUCAGAUACUUGUAAAAUAUGUCAGAUACUUGUAAAAUAUGUCAGAUACUUGUAAUAGAUGUCAGAUACUUGUAAAAGAUGUCAGAUACUUGUAAUAGAUGUCAGAUACUUGUAAUAGGUCUAUUCAGCUAAUGGUUCUAUGUUCCUCCGUGUUUAGAUGGGGACCAACAAGUGUGCAAGCCAGGCUGGUAUGACAGCAUAUGGGACCAGGAGACAUCUUUACGACCCAAAGACCCAGACAGACAAGCCUUACGACCAGACCACCAUCAGUCUGCAGAUGGGCACCAACAAAGGAGCCAGCCAGGUAAAACCAAGGGUUUAUUUUAACACUGUGAAUGUGUAUGUCUAUGGGUAGAACCCACACAGUUGCUUUUACAUGGGGUCCACUUCCCCCUAUUGAAACCAUGAUGGAACCAUGAUGUGAUGGAAGGAACUACCCAGCAAGUGCUACUCUCAAGAGAGUCGGGGGAAUGUAACAGAGAGUCGGGGGAAUGUAACAGAGAGUCGGGGGAAUGUAACAGAGAGUCGGGGGAAUGGAACAGAGAGUCGGGGGAAUGGAACAGAGAGUCGGGAGAAUGUAACAGAGAGUCGGGGGGAAUGUAACAGAGAGUCGGGGGGAAUGUAACAGAGAGUCGGGGGAAUGUAACAGAGAGUCGGGGGAAUGUAACAGAGAGUCGGGGGAAUGUAACAGAGAGUCGGGGGAAUGUAACAGAGAGUCGGGGGAAUGUAACAGAGAGUCGGGGGAAUGUAACAGAGAGUCGGGGGAAUGUAACAGAGAGUCGGGGGAAUGUAACAGAGAGUCGGGGGAAUGUAACAGAGAGUCGGGGGAAUGUAACAGAGAGUCGGGGGAAUGUAACAGAGAGUCUGGGGAAUCUAGAUCUACUUUGCAUAUUGCCAUAAUCACAUUGUUUAAAAUACAUAAUACACAUAUAUGUCUCGAAGAAGACCAUCCAGGUCAAUAUUCCUGCCUCCGAACAGUUUUCUUGGAAAUCUCCUAAAUGUGUCCCCCCUCCCCGUCCCCUCUUCUCUCCUAGGCCGGUAUGUCCUGCCCGGGAACGCGUCGUGACAUCUUCGACAAUAAGCAGGUGCAGCCGGUGGACAACUCCACCAUCUCCCUGCAGAUGGGCACCAACAAGGCGGCGUCCCAGAAGGGCAUGAGCGCGUACGGCCUGGGACGCCAGGUGUACGACCCCAAGUACUGCGGCUCGCCCACCGAGCCCGUCAUCCAUGCCGACGGGAGCCAGGGCACCAACUGCUCAGAGAUCAGCGACAGUGACUAUCAGGCCGAGGAGUUCCUCCAGGAGGGCGAGGUGGAGGAGUACCCAGUGGCUUAUCAGGAAGAGGACAACUACAGCGACGUGGCCCACUACAACGAGGUCGACCAGGGCAUCGACUAUUAGGGCUGUCCUCUCAGGGCCAUCCGACACUAGCCUGGUCCCAGAUCUGUCUGUGCUGCCAAUGACCAUA